GUCUUGGGAGAAAUGAAUUUGUAUUCCCCUCAUUCUGUCUUGGGGCAGCAAGGUGGCACAAUGGAUAGAGUGCUGGGCUUGAAGUCAGGAAGAUUCAUCUUUCUGAGUUCAAAUCUGCCCUCAGAUACAGCUAGUAAAGCUUUGUGGCCAAUAGGGUCAGCUAGAAGAAUGAAUACAAAGAAACUGUAGUGAAUAAGUAUCAGUUUAAAAUAGACACACAGUCCUCUUCUCUCUUCCGGUGAGAGACUCGACAGAAAUUAAAAAUGGUUCAGCAUCUGACAUAUCACCGUAGGUUGUCCUACAACACAGCUUCCAACAAAACUCGGCUGUCACGAACUCCAGGUAACAAAAUUGUUUACCUUUAUACUAAGAAAGUUGAAAAAGCACCAAAAUCAGCCUGUGGUGUGUGCCCAGGAAGACUUCGAGGUGUUUGUGCAGUGAGACCUAAAGUUCUUAUGAGGCUAUUAAAGACCAAAAAGCAUGUCAGCAGGGCUUAUGGUGGCUCCAUGUGUGCUAAAUGUGUCUGUGACAGGAUCAAGCAUGCUUUCCUGAUUGAGGAGCAGAAAAUUGUUGUGAAGGUGUUGAAGGCACAGGCACAGAGUCAAAAAAGUAAAUAAA